GGGAUUCUGAAUAUGAUUCAGGAGUUAUCGAUGAAAAACCACAACGACUGUCACUUCUCAUGUGUCGUUCAAUACAUUAUAUUUCCUUCGCAUACCAUCACUGCAUCUAAAGAGAGCUUAUCAGACGACGAAGAGUCGGAAUUAACUGAAGACGACGGAGAACUACAACUCAUAACCGAGUGUUGGGUUGAGCCACAGAAUGGAGUUUCGUUUGAUUGCAAUAAUCGUAACAAAUUUCUCGAGGGAUUAGACUAUAAGGAGAUCUCACAGUCGUUCUAUGCCAUUGAUUUGGAAGCCAUUUCAUGCCUCUUAACGUUUGAACAAACGCUCAUUUUGUGCCAAAACGAUGCCAUCGAGUCACCAAUCGAUGACAUCCCAGUCUCUAACACAGAAUCGCCUCAACAUAAUCUGAAACACUCAACAAGCAAACUAUUGGGCACUUCAACCCCCGAUAUCCCACUCAUUAUGCCACCCAUUCCUAAGUCAGAGCGCAUUAAAACAAAUAAGUAUUGCUACGAUAUAAUGGGAUUACUGUCGAAAUCACAGCAGGCAGUCGUCCUCUUCUCCACUCUAUUCCAAGAGUUGAGAAGUGGUAACACAGAAGACACUCAUUCCGUCAACUUUUCCGACUCUUUACAAUCCAUACCAUUGUUGUCCACUUCGACCCGCAUUUGUGACGACGAGAUCACUUAUUUGGGAUACUUUAGCACUCAUAAGACAAUGAUCUUACAGAUCCUUCAAGACAAGGCUAACAACCCUCAGACGCAACUGACCGAAGAUGUCGAGACCGAAGAGGUGGAGACAGAAGACCUCGAGACCGAAGAAGACGAAACCGCGGCCAUCGACUGCCGUCGAGAGCAUCUCUGGACAUGUCUUUUGCCUCGAAAGACAAAUAAUAGCGAAUCAGAUGACACGCACUUAACUAUCACUGAGUUUGACGAACUCUUGAGUUUAGUGGACACCAUGUCAUUGAGUCAAUACGACCCCCGUUUGGUGCCAUUCACUUGUCUUCACUUAUCAUGGUAUCAGUCUUUGGCCAAAACACUCGUCCAUAAAAUCGGAAUGAAUUAUAGAAAUUUCUCGUCGUCUGACAUGAAAUCCAUAAAAUUAGUCUUUAGUCAGAGUUCUUGUUUGGAUUGCUUUAUAUUACUGAAUAUAAACGCAAACACUUCACUCGCUGAAAUAUGUCUCGUAUUCAAGAAGCAGAUGACAAAUAAGACGAGAGAAUCGUUUCUGGAAUCCUAUACUCAAUGCCAUACUCUGGUCGAGGAGUUUAUCAAUGGAUGCGCUUAUUAUAUGUGGUCUGCAAUCCCUUAAUCAUUAAACCAAUAUUUGUUAUAUUAAUUGACAGCUAAUUUGUGGCAAAACUGUAUAAAUUUCUCAAUCAAUUCAUUGUUCAAACAA